UUUAGUUCAACAAGCACAAACUAUUAAAAGCCAAUCCUUACAGUGUCGGCGAAUCAAAGUUUGUGUUUCCUGUAUAAAAAAUGUCGUACAGAGGAGGUGGUAAUCGAAGAUUUAUGCGCGGAAAAGGCGAUAGAUAUCGAAAUGAACAUGAUGACAGAGAAAGCUCUGGAGGUAAUAACAUGAAGAACCAUUAUAGAAACUUCACCAUUUACAGGCAAAAUGAUCGAUCAGCUAGAGUACCGGAUGGUCACUGGCGGGGAGAUAAAGACAGGCGUGGAGGAGGUAAUUUUCGUGGCCACCGUAAUAACAGGCAGGGAUAUACAGAUGAAGAUGGUGGUAGGAAUAGUAAUAGGCGUGAAGGGAUGUAUAAGGCCCGUGGCUACAAGAAAGGGAACAGAGACAAACAUAACCAGAAUUCAUUCAUUAAAGCUGGAUGGAAUAAAAUUAUUAUUAAAGACGCAGGUCCUAUGGACAAAGAUGAAGUGAUGGGUGCAAUACGAAGGGUAGUACAACAACAGUUUACACCUAUAAUGUACGAACCAGAAGGGAAUAAUCGUGUAUUCUAUCUGGAAGAUAAUGCUGCAGCUGUCCAAGCUAUCAGGGAUAUUAGCCGAAGAGUCAGCAUAUCAUCUGGUCAGAAAUUGUUAAUACAAAUUAACAGGUCUGCACCACCUGUUAGAGCUCUAACUGCAGAACAGCGUGAAAAAGUGACUUCUGUAAUGAGUGAACGCUACUGUGUGGAGUUGAAACGACUGGAUUUGAAAAAUUUCCAUAAUGAUGCAGGACUGGUGGCAGCAGAUAUUUUCUGCCCCCUUUGUCGAUUGCCAAAUAUGAAAAUUAUAGUGGAUGUUAUAGUUGGUCAUAUCCCUCUGGUUGAAGAAAUUGAUUUUGGUUCCAAUAAGUUAUACUCCCUUGAAGAAACAAAUCGGCUUGUAGGGUCUUGCCCAAACUUGAAGAGACUAAUUCUCUCUAACAAUAAGUUGGCCAGUAUUGAAACUUUAAGCCAUCUUCAAGGUUUGAACAUUGUGGACAUCUCACUGGAGGGAAAUGGAUUGUGUAACAAAUUCCGGGACACUGAAUCAUACAUCAGUGCUGUGCGGAAAUGGUUCCCCAAGGUCCUAUAUUUGGAUGGACAGGAGCUUCCUAGGCCAAUUGGAUUUGAAGUUGAUGAUGACGAUACCAGCACAAUGCCAAAGAUCUUAACGUCGUAUUUUGCAGUUCCUGGUGUUAAAGAUCUAGUGCUUCAGUUUAUUGAGCAGUAUUAUCAGAUAUUUGAUAGUGAAGAUAGGACACCACUUGCUGCUGCAUACACAGAAGAUGCCACCUUUUCUUUAGCUUGUACAUUUCCUGAGUCUGGACCUGGAGCUCGGUACACACAUGUUUAUGUGAAUGAGAGUCGAAAUCUAAAGAAGAACCUAACCUCAGACAAGCGAAUGCAGAAUCUUCAUAGAGGUCGGAAUAACAUUGUCGCUCUGCUUUCCAAGCUUCCAUUCACUACUCAUGAUCCCAACUCCUUUACUGUGGAUGUUCCUGUUGCAGAGGCAAACCUAAUACAUGUAACCCUUACUGGUGUAUUCCGCCAGCUUUCUGAUAGAGCGCCAUUGGUUCGUUCCUUUAGCCGCACCUUUAUUGUUAUUCCGCAAGGCACUGGCUAUUGUAUUUGCAAUGAAAAACUCUUUAUUACAACAGCAACUGUGGAACAAAUAAAGAAGUCAUUUAAAAAUCCUGUCCCAGAAACUUCAGAGAAUGAUCUUACAACAUCACAGGGAGGUGUGGCAUCCCCAUCACUUGCAACUGAACCCCAGCUGUCACCUGCGCAAUUGUCUUCAGUUGCUAAGUUUUGUGAAGCUUCUGGAAUGCUUCCUGAGUAUUCUAGAAUGUGCUUGGAGCAAAAUAACUGGGACUUUAACAAAGCAGGAGAAUUAUUCACCCAGUUAAAAGCAGAAAACAAGAUUCCUCCAGAAUACUUUUCUCAGUCCCCAUAGUAAUUAGUAUUGUAAAUGAGAUUUCUGCUUGCAAUUUCUAAGUUAUUGAAUCAUCAGUUAUAAUUUUUUGUUUAUUUGUAUAUUUGCAUUCCUCAUGGUUUUUUCCCCUGUAAAUUUUGAACGAAUUGUAACUUGCAAAUAGUUUGUUAGUUAUGGACUAAAAUAUGUACUAUUUAUUUGAAAUUGUAUUUGGUGAGCUGUGAUCUUUUAUGUCAGUGAUAUAAAUUGAUUAUUAUUUCUUUUAUAUUUUCUAAAAGGGGGUCAGUAUCACAUUUAUAAUAUAUGUGCAGAGUACUAAGGUUGUAUAGAGAAAUAAAGAUUUAAUGAAAACUGGAAUAUAUUCCUUUGUUUAUGUUAUUGCCACUGUUUUAAUGGUAUUCAGUGUAUUUUCACGGUUUGGUGUGGUUAAAAAUCAGCCAGCCAAUUAAAUUUAUGUCAUAAACAAUAGGAGCUAGUAGAGUUUGUUGCCUCCCCUGUAGUGGUUAUAUAGAUGAGCAUUGUAUAAUUUUACUUAUUUUAUAGUUGAAAUAUGCUUUGAUGUCAGUUUGCAUGUAAAUAUAGUCUUUCUGUGUAAUUUCAGACAGAGCUAUCCAGGGAAUAUGGCCUUCUUGGAUGUUGUGUUAGAAGACUAUAGAUAAUAAGAAAACCUGUAGUUUCAUUCAUUGGAGAAAAUUAUUCCAAUGGCCCGGGGCAAGUUGUACAAAACUACAACACACUUAAUGCUCAGUGGAGGGAUUCAUUUAUUCUUGUGAAAGUUGUUACAAAAUAUUAACCGUAUACAGUCUAAGUGGGCUUCUGGAUAUUAUUGAAAAGCUAUUCAGAACUUAGGUCUUGAGUUGCUUUUUUUUCUUUUUCAAUUUGAUGUUCAUUAUAGUUAGUAAAGUUAAACCUUGAUUUUAUGCUACAUAUUCAUGAGUAGUUAUUUAAGGAAAUAAUUUUUCAUUUCUAGUAUGGUAUCACAACUUUUUCAUAAUGAAUUUUAUUCAAUUUCACGAUACAAAGCUGAAAGCAUACAUCAUUUCAAACACGAGGAGACGUGGUUGCUCUCCAUUUCCUCCCUUUUUAAGCAGAAUGUUCUCUUAAUCCUUAGAUUUUCAUAGGUCUUGCUGAAUGAUUUGUUACACAUACAAGGGGUGAAAAUUUGAGCAAGAUAACAUUUUAGACAUUGUACAGUUCCUUAACUGAGUAAAAGGAAUGCUGUGUAGGACCUUUAGUACCAUUUAAAGUUUGCCACUUUAGGUGGCAAUGAUUGAAUAUGGUACCUCCCUACAAGGUUCUCAAAUUUAAAUAAAUGUACAUAUAAGUUGAUUAUUCAUGUAAGUAAAAAGUGUACAAAAAUGAGUCGAGUAAAAUUUAAUAAAAUUGAAAUUAAGAUAAUUAUAAUAAUAUAGUAGUUAAUAAAUAUGUAUACUUCACAGUAAGGUCAUAACUAGACACCUUACUUAAUGGUAAAGUUUUUUACAAACUUAACCCUUAGUCAUUUGCCAGUGUUUAGUCAUGUUAUUAAUAAAAUCUGAACUGUGGCCUCGUUUGGAUUGGAGUAGCUGGAACUUUUCAUCAUGUUUUACAUUUAUAUUCAUGUAUAGUCUUACUGAUCUCAUCUGUAUGUGUUUACUUAAGACAUAUGUGCUACAGAAUGCAAGCUAAACAGAAAUAGAGGUAUUUCUUGUUUGUUGAUGUUUCACAGAUUCUUCAUACUUGGUUGCAUUCAUAGUGACAUUUUUUAUCUUGUAUACUGUAUUGGUGUAAAAAGGCAAAUUUUUGAUUUGAUAAUGUUCUUUUGAGUAGGGUUAGUUGACACGCUUCACAGUACAAAAGAUGUGUCUUUACUUGUCAUUUCAAAGAAUAUCAUGAAAUGGUUGAUUGGAAAAAAUUAAAUCCUGUUUUAUUUAGUAUUGGCCAUGUGUUCUACUACAAUGCUUGCCAGCAUACUGAUUUCAAAUGUACUUAAAAAUAAUUAAAUAUUCUGUUCUAGAGGGUUAUAUUAAUUUUACCAGUACUAUAUUGGUGAAAUGUUCAUAUGGACGAUGGGUAUAGUAAUUGUUUAAUUUUUCCAGGUUUCUAGAAAUAAAUUUAAGUUGCAGAUGGCUUUAGAUGGAAAGGUGAUACAGGAGAUUUUGAUUAAUUUUAUUGUUCCAUGAUUCAUUAAUGCAUUGUUGAUUAUGGAAUCUUGUAAGCAGUGUUUAUUUCUGUUUAUGGAUGUUAGAUCUUGAAUGAAGUUGAUGUAAUCAUUUUUGUUAUUUUAUGUACUUUGUACAUCACCAUUUUCACUGUUCUUUCCAAAAAUAUUUACAUCUAUCUCAUAUUACUUAUGAAAGUGGGUAUAUUUGCAUUUUAUCAUUGUGAGACAAAAGUAGCAAGCAAUAAGUGUUUCUCUUGCAGAAGUUGCAAUAUGACUGUAAAUGUUUUCAAGUCAAUUGAAUAUGAAUAAAGAUUGUCUUCCUUUUCGGUUUUAAAUGGAUGACUUUUGUAAAAGAAUGUCCUCAACAGGCAGGCUUCAUUAGAAAUUUUGAUCCCUUUUUCUCAUUGAUAACUGUACAAAAUAUGAAUAACCACAGUCCAGAAUUUAAAUGAUAAGUUCUCAGAGACUUUAUGCCACGUACAACUGAGGUUAUGAAGAGGUUUACUAUCAGAGUAUAUGUAUAAAGGAAGAUUUUUCCUUGUUUUGCAUUUUUGCUGUAUAAAAUGAAAGGAACUGAAGGAGAUCUUUAAUAGAAAAUAACUGUCUAGUCAGAAUAACAAAAACUAAAGUGCUGAAAGCAAAAUAGUGUUAACUAUUGUGUAUAAAGAAAAUUAAAAUAGUGUUGAAAAUGUAUAACUGAGGUAAAGAUAUUAGAACCUGAAAGGAAAACAAAUAUCAGUAAGCAAAGUUUGCCAAUGGUAUAUGUACUAUGAAUGAAGGCAAUAUGCACACACACAAACCUUUUUUUCAUGCAUUUUGUAAUUGAUUUCAUCAUGAGUGUUACUUCUGAUCAAAGGUGGUAGACCACUUGUCAGGUUAAAGUUAUAUGAGGGGAAGGGGUGGUUGAAAAAUAAGCGAGACUUCCCUAGUAGAGCUCUUGUGUAACACUUUAUUUUUUUUUUUUACACUUAUAUGGUCUGUGACAUUCAUGUGCAGUGAUUGUCUACAAUUAACCUUGUUUAUCAUUCUGCUUCAUUUUUGGUUUUCAUUUCCAAUAAAUUUUACCUGUUUUCAUUUUUUAUGUUUGUUUUGACUUCUAUUUUUAGUUUGUGAAUGGUUUCAAGUAUGUUUUUUGCAGUGGCUGUGCAAAUAAUUAUUUGUAAGUUUAUUAUAUCCUUCUUAAUCUUUUCUCCCAUUAAAACCAUUUGCAUGAAGUUGGUGGUGUGGGUAAGGAACCUAAUAUUUUGUGUAUUAACAUAAUACACUGGCAACUGUUAUGCAAUCACUUAUUACUGAUCCAAAUACGGCUUGUUCCAUCUGAUAUCAGGCUGCCUCUUUACAGGUUUAAUCUUGUAUUAUGUCUGAGUCUUUGUUGUAUGUGUGUGUGCAUUUUUUUCUGGUGUUCUGUAAUAGCCUUUUCAGAAGCAUGAUUACUUGAUAUUCCAAUACUAUAUAUUUAUAAGCUGGAAGUGUUUUCAGUUAACACUUGUUCUUUAGGGCUCCCCGUGUGUUGCGCCUUUAGAUGAAUGGAAUCCUGUCAAACUGGUAGUAAUUGUUUUCUAUUAGACUACUUUAAUAUCUGAUUCUGGUACAAGCUAUAAUAUCCCUAAAAUUGCAGCUGCAAAUAAUUUUGGUGGGGAACUGUGAAACAGUUAUCCCAUCAUAUUAUGGUAUAUGUAAUCUUUAAUCUUGAUAACCAUUUUGGACAAGGACUAGGUCAUUUACUCAAGACAUCAGUUUCAUGUUACGUACUUAUAUUAUUAUUCUUAUUAAUAGGGCUUAGUUUUUCCAGUCAUGAAUCUUAAUUGUAUUGUUCUUGUCCUAUGUUUAAAAUAAACCAUUUGGUAACUGGGUCCCUAAUCUCCCACAUGCAUAAAUAGAUUUUGUAAUCCUUCCACAGAUUGAGGUUAGUUGUCUCCAGCUCAUGAUUCAACCUUAUAGGUUCCUAUCUUUUAGUGCAUAGUCUCUUAGGAACCACUUGUUCCAAACACAGCAGAGAAAUUACCAGAGGAAGUACAAAGUAUUUACACAGUGUUUUGUAUCUUAAGAUGUGGAAUGCAUAAUAACUAUGAAAAGGAGUAUGAAAGAUUGAAAGAAACACACUCCUUUCUCCCCCACCUUAAUCCAAGGGAAGAAAUCUUAGAGAAUACCAAUUUUUUUUUUAUAGUAGAAGAAUGUGAUGUUGAUAGCAUAUUUGCAACUCUUAAGAAUACUUUCUUAAUCAGUGUUCAGGACUUUAAACUUUUCCAAUUCUUUAUGCUUAUUUUGUUUCUCACGUUUUUGUAAAAUGUGUGAUGAUGGUGAUUCUUCUAUGUGUGUAUCUCAUUGAUGGAAUUCAAUUCAGAAGUUCUCCAGUAUACUUCAAAAAUGCCCAGAACAAUCUAUUGCUUUUGGUGUGCCAUGACAGUUUUCCUAUUUGCCUUGUUUUGUAUAAAAACUCAACACCAGCCAACCUAUACAUAAUCCAAGUCGUGACCUCAGUAACACUGGAUUAUAAAUUUGCAAUGUGAGACAUUAGUUAUCUUCAUAACUUGUAUGAACACGAACUUUCUUACAGUUCAUGUCUAUGCAAACCUAUUGUUUUAGCUAGAGUACACUUCUGGUUAAACAGCUUAAUACUUAUGGUAAAUCUAGAGUACACUUUUCAUUCCCUGGCUUGCAUCUCACUGGUUUAGGACAGAGGAGAGGUGAGUGUUGUAAUACAAUAUUAUCUACCACCUUUGACCAUGUGAAUAGCAUCAGGAAAACUUUGCAUAAAACUUUAUUUUAGUGUGCAGUGAGCCAUUCAGUUAUUGUCACAUUUAGUUAUGUGAAUGACAAUGAAAGUUUUAACUUAGUUGACAUUUGAUAUUAUAUGAACAGGGCUAAGCUAUAAGGAGCUACUUAUAUAUUUUUUUCCCCUAACAACAGGUUGUAAUUUAUUUGCAAUCAUUGUGGCUUUUGUCUUAGACACCACCUAAAAUAAGGUUAUAUUAUUCACAGUUAGAUAUGUAAUUAUGUUGGAUGGAUUUAACUGCAUGUAAUGAUCAGAGAGCCAUUACCUAGGCUGUCAAUUUUCAUUUUGAUCAAUGACAUAACUCAUUUUAAUUUUUUACAACUGUUUUGAAGCUCUGCCAGCAAUAGCAGCAACAAGUCAUCAAAAUGCAUAACAUAUUCUUACACAUUUUUUUCUUUUCUUUUUUCUUGUUAAUAUGAGAUGUAGUAUGUGUUAUCAUAUGUUCACAUGAUAAAGCAGUAUCCAUGAAAGUUAUUAAAAGGAAUUGUUUUUAAUUUAAGCAUAUCUGCAGAAAGGUGUUUGGAGUUGUAUAUGGUCAAUUAAUUGAUGAAUUUGAGUUUGUUGUUUUACACACACACAGCUUCUCUCUAGGUGUCCAUGACCACAAAAGGAAAUGUUUUCAGUGAGACUGGUAUGAGAAUUUUGUUUAUAUUGUAUCUUUUGUGUACACUAUAUUUUCAUAUUUUUAUACUUAAGAUGAAGAGGCUUAGGUAUGGAAUCACUCAUUUUUUUCCUUCCACUGGUUACAGUGAUUUUUUUCAGUUUCUUUAAAUUGGUGAAUAAACACACAUUGAUUUAUAUAUGCAUCACCUUUCAUUUAUGAGUGUACUUAAAAUAUCUCAAAUCCUUCAGAUAUUUAGUUGAGAAAGUUGAGAUUUUACUAGUGUAAAAAUGUUUCGUAAGGCCAGUGUAACAUUUUAUUGUCCACUGUACUUAUGGUUGUUUAUUAACUGUAUUUUUUAUUCAGUUUUCUGUGAAGAAAUUGAAAGUGCCAUCUCCUAUCGGCCAUGUUUCUUCAGAGUACUAAUUUCAAUUGGUUUUUGCUCAUUGCAGGUGUUCAGUAUUAUUUGACAAUUUACAUAUUGAUUUUUUUUAUUAAAAAAGAAAAGAAAAGGCAUUUAAGAUUGGCUUUUACAUAGGUGAUGAUGAUGAUGAUGCCAAAUUCUCUGUUUCUUUGCAUUUGUUCUCUAUAUUCUUCCAUAUAUUGUGAAUAAAAAAGGAAGGUGAAGGUAGUGCACAGAGGUUGUGCAUUACUCACUUCCUAGGAAUCAAGAUUAAUGAAAAGAUUUCAAUCAUGUUUCCCUCACACUAUACUGACCAUGAUUAGUAUUGUAAAGAAUUGAUUUGGGAGGAAAGUAAACUAAUUUUUCCUAUUGUAGAAAUUGAAAAUAGGGAUUUAAGUCAUUUUUACAGUAAGCCAUUUUCAUGCUUGUCUUGUGAUAAUUGGUUUUCUUCCUUAGUUAUUAAUAUGCUGAAUCUCAUGCAUAUGGAAUUUUGCUGAGUAUCAUGUAUAUUGAAUUUUAAUGUUUGUUGUCACAGUAAUUAUAACUUUACACAUUGUGCUAAAAUCCUCUAGAUUUUUUUUUUUUUUUUUUUUUUUUUUUUUUUUUUUUUUUGCAGGGGAGGGAUGAGAAAUGAAUACUAAUGGAAAUGACUUGCUUUACAAGGAAAAGUAAAGUCUGCUGUCAGAUUACAUCAGCAAUGUAGAAUGUGUUUACACACUGCAUUGCUGUCUAGUAAUGUAUAUCCAGAUACUAUUCUUUAAGUGAUAUGGUUCUAGCAAGUAAGAGAAGAUUGAAGGUAAUGUCAUUUUUAGUUCUAAUUAUCAAUUAUCACCAUAUAAUGUAGGUUAAAAUGGAAACAGUGAAUGAUCUUUAGCCAGCGUAGUGAGUUAAACAAUUAUUUCCAUUUCUGAUGUGUGCUGGGUCAUUAGAAGGAUUGUUUAUCUCUAAUGCACAUACUACUGCAAAUGUUUUAUUAGGACAUUGUGUUUCUAGUUCCAAGUGUUUAUUUGUGUAUUGAUCAAAACAUGUUUAUACAGUGUGAUAUUUUGUGGGGAUUAUGGGAAUAAGCUAUUAACAAGUGAUGAAAAUUUUUACCAUGUUACUAGGAAUGGCCAAACAUUCACUAAACAAGCUUGUUCACCACAUUGAUUUGUUGGUCUAGAUGACCUGUACAUAGUUUUUUCAUUUUCAAAAAGGCAUUGUAUUUCAGUAGCAUAGAUUGGAAAAGCAAUUGAAACGUAUUUUUUCAGAUAUAUUUGUAAUUCUGUAAAUAAAUCCAUUUUUAUA